UCAAACUUUCCGCCUAACCAAGAUUUGAAUUUGAAUAUUUCAAACUGGAGCUCUUCCCUUUUUCACUUCAUAUGAAGAUUUCUGCUUCCCAAUAGAGUUUCUCCGAUCUACACAAGAAAACAAUGCCGACCGAAAAGAAGGAUUCCGCGCUAAAAGCUAACAGCUCGUCCCUUUCAUCUCACCAUCCUCCAUACAUUCAGAUGAUAACUGAAGCAAUAACCACCAUGAAGGAUCGGACGGGUUCCAGCCAACCGGCGAUCGCGAAAUUCAUUGAGGAGAACUACACGAAAUUGCUUCCCCCAAAUUUUAAGAAAAUUCUGUCCAUCCAGUUGAAGAGAUUUGUGAAAUCGGAGAAGCUAGUCAAAGUGAAGAACUCCUACAAGGUCUCCGCCUCUGAGAAGACGAAGAAAUCAUCAGUUUCAGCGCAGAAGAAAGCGAGCACAGUUCCGGAAAAGGAGACUGCAAACAAAUCAACUGUUGUGAGAAACGCCGAAACAAAAGUUACCGUCGGGAAGAGGACAAAGAGGCUGAGCCAGGUCAAAACUCCGGAGGUAUUGAAGAAGAUGAGAACGACUUAUGCUAAUGGAGAGAAAAUGAAGACGAGCAAAGCUGUAACUCAGGCGAAGAAGAAGUUGGCUCCGAAGUCGGUGAAAACAGGUUCGAUGCCGCCGGCCAAAAGAGCGAAGAAUUGAUGGAAAUUUGAAAUUGUGAAAUUAUUUUGCUAAGAUGUUAGGUUGUGUUAGUUUGCUUUUAAGAAUUAAUGCUUUUAUCUCUGUUGUUUGUGAAUUCUUAUGUGCUUUUUUAUGGUAUCAUCGUUUAACGUGCUUGCAAAUUGAUUGGGAAAUUUGGAUAAGGUUAGAAUUCAUCGUUGUUUGAUUGAUUUGAUGAUAUCAUGAAGUAAUCUACGUACAAAAUUUUAAUUUC